AUGGAUCCUCCCGGGGUGACUUCGAUGCAGGUUGAACAAGCCGGCUCGCCUACUGAAGUUGCCGAUGAAAUCUCAGAUUCGGAGAUCGGGAUUGAGCCCAAGAUGGAGGUUGAGGAAGAGGCGAAAUUGGAGAAGAGGAAAAGAGAAGAAGACCGAAAGAAGAAGAGGAGAGCAGCACGUGAGCGAGCUGGAGGAGGAGCUGGCGAGACAGAAGAGGACGAGUUGGACAGCCCCAGCAAGAGAGCUUCGGUUGGUGGUGACCUUCCUUUGACGGCGCGAGAACUCCGAGAACUUCUGUGUGAUCACCGGCGAGACAUGACCGAAGCUUGGAGGACAUUUGAGGAUCGUGUCACUCGCCUUGAGAAGGAGGGGGAAAGCCGUAAAGGGGAGAUCGCCUCGAUUGCAGGAAGAACGAAAGUGAAUGAAAGAGACAUCAUGAACGUCAAGAAGGCCGUCGAUCAGCACAAGCACAGCCUCGAAGCCAGUGACAAGAAGGUCGACUUGCUGGUGGAGGACGUCAAGAACCUUAAAGUUCAGCUUCAAAGUGUCAAGACUGGACCCGUACUACCUGAAGAAGCCAAAGAUCCCUGGGGCGAGUACAUUCGACAACAACAGGGACGAGCUCCUUGGGUACCUCCAGCACAACGACUUGGUGGGGCGAAUCCUUCGGCUGGGGCGAAUCCUCUCCCUAUGGACCAGGAAGGGAUGAAGGGUGACAAUGACGUUCUGUCGGAGGAAGACAAGCGCACUCUCAUCGUUGGAGGCUGGUCACAGGACACCCGCCGCAUGGUGAUAGAGGAAGAGUCACGUAGUCUGUUGGAGCACCCCGAGAUCAAACCGUUGCUGGACGUGGAUAAGAUUGCCGUGUACGGUCCCCGUCGCAGCGUGGGCAUGGUCAAGUUCACUCUGAGGGAUGGGGAGAAGUCGUUUGAAGAGGUCAAGAAGAGAAUGUGGCAAGUGGUCCGCAUUGCAGCGCAGCUCAAACUCGAGACUCCGGUCAUCACAUAUCAGCAUGGUGCGAAAGUCACGAUCGAGCUGGCCAGUGACUCCAAAGAUGAAGGAGGGGGCGUUUUGAACGAAAUGCAUGUUCAGCAGUCGGCCUAUGACAUGGAUUGGAGUGCAGGAACCAUAUGGUGUGGUCUGCACAAGUUAGGAUCAGCCACCCAUCGCAAGCCCAAAGACGCUGAAACGGUGCUCAUGAGUGGAGGCUGGGUGAACCUCGAUGCGGUUGGGCUCAUUGCGGGAUGUUCGGUCGAUGCAUGUUUCACCCCAGAGGAAACUGGGGAGAAUUGGGAGCCAUCUGCUAAUGGCCCUGAGCAUGGGACGGGGAAGUCUAAGACUACUACCCGGACUACGAAGAGCAGAAAGUUGCAGAAAUGGGGUCGACUUGCUACCUGGAACCUCGGUGGACAAGAUGUUCAUAAGGUUGAUGUUGCAGGUCGAGACCUUGACAUUGUGUGUGUUCAAGAAGUUGCAAGGGGAGAAGUUCAUUGGACCACGGAGAAUACGGACAACUUCCACUGGGUAUUGCAUCGUUCUGCCAGUCAAUGGAGAGCCGUUGGGGUAGGUAUUGCCUCUGAUAAGCUUGAUUGCAUCGUGGGAAAGGUCGCUUCUACCAGAGGAGUGUGGAUUCUUGCCCGACUACGUGGGUUGGGACGAGUUGUUCUGGGCAGCAUGCACUGUCACACCGGGGCGACCAACGCUAUUUACCAAGCUGCGGUUCAGCAAUUUGUACGAGAAUGUCCUGGUAAAUGGCGGCAAUACCCUUGCUGGUGUGGCAUUGAUGCAAAUGAACAAUUCCGAUGGGCUGCAGGGAACGACGAUGAGGACACUCGCCUUGUUAAUGGUUCCACCAACCUGAAUGACCUUGCCAACCAGCUGCUUGCACGUGAUCUUCGUCCUAUCGCUCCUUGUGAAGAUCAGUGGCACAGUCCAACACACUUUCCGCGGGACACCAAACGUCGUGGCAGACAGAUUGAUGCAGUGUGGAACAGGCAGCUCAAGGUCACGAACGUGACCAUCGAUGCGAAGCGGCGUCACAUUAUAGGCACGGACCAUGCGCUUCUCUACUCAGAUUUGCAAUCUGGCAGGGUUCCUCUUGCUCGGUGGGGGAACGACUCAAGACCACGCUACAUGAGGAAAGACAUCCCGUCCCAACGGAUAAGCAAUGCAGAGGACCUUGCCGACCUUGCAAAAAAGUGCACUGGCCCUCGAUUCAGUCAUGCCUACAGGGAUCCAGAAAUGGUUCUUCAAGCCAUGCGUGAUGCACGUCAGAACAAUGAUGCAAAGUCCUGGAAAGCUGUGCACCGCCUUCGACGUCGUGCUCGUCGCCAAUGGGAAGCCGGUCGACUUUCGGCUAUCCUACAUGGAGAUUGGUACCAAUAUCGUACUAGGAAGAAGGAGAAGAAUCGCAGAGUCGGAUGGUGGGGCAACUUGCUCAAAGACUCAUCCUCGACUGCCCUCACACAAAAGGUCGAGAACCACCUGAAGGGCAAAUUGGAAAAUGAAUUUGGUGACGAUUGGGAUGACCUUCUCCAACAGCAGAUCGAGAUGGUUGAGAUCAGGGAGGAUUUCGAGGAUUUCACCUUGCUGAAUGUCAGGGAGGCCCUCCAGGAGAUGAAGCCGCACAGUGCUGUGGGACCAGACGGGAUUAGUGUGGGUUUCCUGCGUGCAGCUGCGAGCCACGAUGAAGUUGCACCACAACUCCUGCAGCUCAUCAAUGACACGGUGGCCAACCUCCACUUGCCCGCGAUCUGGCAGGACAAUUUCCUGGCUUUGCUCGCCAAAGUUGAUUGGCCGCAGAAACCAAACGACCUAAGGCCAAUAUGUGUCAGCUCCGCUUUUCACAAGCUCGUCAAUAAGAUGGUUUGUUCCCGUGUCAUGCCUGCCAUGCGGACGGGAUCAAAAGUUUCGGGUUGUGGGCGAGGAAGACAGGCAGCUGAUGUGAUUGGGACGCUUAGCAGGGUCAGAGAUCUCACGCAAGAAUGGCGACUACCGACCCUCCUAUGCAAGCUGGACAUCUCCGGUGCAUUUGAUCGCAUAGAUCGUCAAAAAAUUGCGGAAUUCCUCAAAGCGAAGCUCCAGGACAAAGGCGUGCAGCACGAGCUGAAGUUCAUGCUUUGCCAAUUGCGCUCGUAUCGGUUGAUUGGUCAGGUACCUGGAGGCAAUCAAAUACAUAUUGAGCCCAACAUUGGCAUUAAACAGGGGGCUCCUGAGAGCGCCGAAAUCUUUGGGUUGGUAAUGGAUGAGAUCCUCAGCACGCUCACCAACAUGAAAGCAUGGGGCGAUCUUGGACAGGCAUUUGACGACACGGACCUUGACCUUGUCUUCUAUCAGGACGACAUCUUUGUCAUUGAGACUGAACUUGUCCGCUUGGGAAGAAAGGUCAAGGUGCUGGAGCGAUGUUUGGGGCGACAUGGGCUUCAUCUUGCCAGUGAAAAAACCAAGAUCAUUGCCUCUCCCUUCUACAAGGGAUGCCGUCGUGUACAAGUAGGGGGCACACCGUUCGAGAUUGCCAAGCCUGGGGAGUCCAUCAAGGUCCGUGGAUUAUCCUUCUGUCUCCAUGAGAAAUCGUCACAGCAAGCUCGUGAACUGUUGGGACGCACUCGGGAUGCUGCAAUGGGCCAUCGUGAACUACUUCGAGGACAUGCGAGUUGGACAAAAAAGGUCGACAUGAUGAAGACCCUGGUUGAAUCCCAAUUUGCUUGGACGGCAGGGGCAGUACACUGGUCAGCGGAAGAUCUCCGACAAGCAAACAUCUUGCAGAUCCACACCAUGCGUACUGCCUUUAGGCUCUUCCGUAAACCUGAGGAGAAAUGGCAUGAGUGGAAUGCCAGAACUAUGCGUCAUUGUAGAGCCUGGCUUGCGAGUAAUGGACGAGAUAGAUGGUCGACUGUGAUUCUCCGCCUCCAACACACACUUGUGGGGCAUUGGGCUAGACGCCAAGAAUGGAUAGAUGGGCACAAUGAUUGCAUUUGUUCUUUACCGAUGCGGGCACUGCUCUGGAGAAACACAGAGUGGUGGAGAGGACAACAACAGCUUAGUGCCAGAACAGGAAUUCGUCACAAGCAACAUGUCUUCGUUUCCAACAUUGAAAGAGCACUAGCUGAUUCGCAUGGAGUCCAAUGGUUCAAACUUGCACAAGAUCGUGCCCGCUGGGCACAAGAACGUACCUCUUUCCUUGCAAUGUGGGAUGUGAAGUGGUGUCAAGGACGCCAACUUGCGCUUCCGAUGUGA